CCACUUAUCUCCACUGGGUCUCAGAUGCCAAUGUUUGCAGGUCUUUUGGGGGCCAUUUGCUCCAGAGGAAUCCUCUUCUUACUGCCUGAAGCUGUAUGGCUGAGUGGGAGAAGCGGGACUGGGCUCCUCCAUGAAUAUCUCAGGCAUGUCUUCCAAACUGGCUUUUAAAGUGGAAGGCGGGCAUUUUGAUACCAUCUUCCCGCCGUGUCACGGUCGCCGGCUUCUGAACGAGGAUGGCAAGAGGCAAGCGUCCUUUACUGACCCUCUAAAGUCUGGGUGCCCCGGGCGCCGGCAGGGCAGGGAUGGGUGCACGACAGGCCUCCGGAGCCCUCGCAGCCUGCUGUCAGGCCGUCUGCCGGGGGCGUGGCGUCGGGCCCUCUGGCGCUAGACCCCGCCCCUCAGCCCGGGUCCCCGCUGCCCCCGUCCCCGCUGUCUCCGCCUUUCCCUCUUUCCUCACGGUCAAGACCUUUCACCCUCGAGUUAUCCUGCGGCCCCCAAACUCCGGGCACCCCUGCGAGUGGCUGACACCGUCCCUGAGCGGCCCCUGACGCCCCUGCCUGGCCCUCCCCGCCCCGGGGCCGCGGGGGCUCGGCCUCCCAAGGAGCCUCUCCUGUCGGCGUCCUCGGUCCCCGCCGCCGUCCGUCCUCCUCCGAGGAACCUUCCCACCUCACCGCCCAGCGGGGCCGUCAGCUGCCGCCUACCGUCUUCCCCUCACGCACUCACUUCCAGCCACCCAGCCUCCUCCGGGGCACCAGCUCCUCCCUGCCUGAGCCUCUCCCCCAGAUCGCGCCUGCCCCCUCGCCUCAGGCGUGCCGGGAUCCUCCCCACAAGGCCGGCGGCCUCCGCGCGUCGCCCUGCAAGUCACUCCCGGGCGGACGCGAGCUCCCGGCGAGACUUCAGGCCCCGCCCUGGCCCCGCCCCUGGCUACGGUCCCGCUCAGACCCCGCCCAGGCCACGCCCUCAUUGCGAAGCAACGUCGGGCUCUCGACCACUGAGGCGGCCGAGCUCGCCCUGGGCCCACCUUCGCGGCGCUCUGAUUGGCUGCAGAGGCAUCGGCCCACCGCUCCCCGGUGUCUGCUGAGGCGCGCCGGCGGGGGCCGGGGUAUGGGACCAGGGGCCAGCGCGGGGGCGCAGGGGCGCAGGAGGCGAGCGGUGCGGAGCGGUCAUGACGGAGGGCACGUGCCUGCGUCGCCGAGGCGGCCCCUACAAGACGGAGCCCGCCACCGACCUCAGCCGCUGGCGCCUGCGCAGCGAGCGGGGCAGGCAGACGUGGACGUACUUGGCGGGGGAGGAGGACCCCGGCCGCGGGCAGACGGCGCUGGAGGCGCACUCCCUGGGCCUGGACACCGGGAGUUACUUCAAGGACUUGCCCGAAGCCGACACAGCCCACGGAGGGGCUCUGAACGGGAUGGUGUUUUACGUGCGGCUGCAGGCUGAGGAUGGGCACUGGGCGGGGGAUUAUGGCGGCCCACUCUUCCUCCUGCCAGGCCUCCUGAUCACAUGCUAUGUGGCCCAGAUCCCUUUGCCAGCGGGAUAUAGAGAAGAGAUGGUGCGGUACCUGCGGUCAGUGCAGCUCCCUGAUGGCGGCUGGGGCCUGCAUAUGGAGGAUAAGUCCACAGUGUUUGGGACUACACUCAACUAUGUGUCUCUGAGAAUUCUGGGUGUCGGGCCUGAUGAUCCUGACUUGGUACGAGCCCGGAACAUUCUUCACAAGAAAGGUGGUGCUGUGGUCAUCCCUUCCUGGGGGAAGUUCUGGUUGGCUGUCCUGAACGUUUACAGCUGGGAAGGCCUCAACACUCUGUUCCCAGAGAUGUGGCUGUUUCCUGCCUGGGUACCUGCGCAUCCCUCCACGCUCUGGUGCCACUGCCGACAGGUCUACCUGCCCAUGAGCUACUGCUAUGCCACCCGGCUGAGCGCUAAGGAGGACCCACUGGUCCAGAGCCUUCGCCAGGAACUCUACGUGGACGACUAUGCCAGCAUCGACUGGCCGGCGCACAGGAGCAGCGUGGCACCCGAUGACCUGUACACACCGCACAGCUGGCUGCUCCGUGUGGUGUACGCAUUACUCAACCUGUAUGAGCGCCACCACAGCACCAGCCUGCGGCAGCGGGCCAUCCAGACGCUGUAUGAGCACAUCGUGGCAGAUGACCUCUUCUCCAAGUGCAUCAGCAUUGGCCCGAUCUCAAAAACCAUCAACAUGCUUGUGCGCUGGUACGUGGAUGGGCCGGCCUCCUCUGCCUUCCAGGAGCACAUCUCCAGGAUUCCUGAUUACCUCUGGCUGGGCCUCGAUGGCAUGAAAAUGCAGGGCACCAACGGCUCACAGGUGUGGGACACCGCAUUUGCCAUCCAGGCUAUGCUAGAGGCAGGGGCACAGCACAGGCCUGAGUUUUCGUCUUCCCUGCAGGAGGCACAUGAGUUUCUCCGGAUCUCCCAGGUCCCAGACAACCCCCCUGACUACCAGAAGUUCUACCGCCAGAUGAGCAAGGGUGGCUUCCCCUUCAGCACGCUGGAUUGUGGCUGGAUUGUUGCCGACUGCACAGCUGAGGCCUUGAAGGCCAUCCUUCUCCUGCAGGAAAGCUGUCCCUUUGUCACCAAGCACGUCUCGCGAGAGCAGCUCUGUGAUGCUGUUGCUGUGUUGCUGAACAUGAGAAAUUCUGAUGGAGGGUUUGCCACCUAUGAGACUAAGCGUGGGGGGCACUUGCUGGAGCUGCUGAACCCCUCGGAGGUCUUCGGGGACAUCAUGAUCGACUACACGUAUGUGGAGUGUACCUCAGCCGUGAUGCAGGCACUGAAGCUUUUCCAUGAGUGUUUCCCAGACCAUAGGGCCGGGGAGAUCAGGGAGACGCUCAAGCAGGGCCUGGAAUUCUGUCGGCAGAAGCAGCGGGCUGACGGCUCCUGGGAAGGCUCCUGGGGGGUUUGCUUCACCUACGGCACCUGGUUUGGGCUAGAAGCUUUCGCCUGCAUGGGGCAGACUUACCGCAGUGGCAGUGUGUGUGCGGCGGUCUCCCAGGCCUGCGACUUCCUGCUGUCCCGGCAGAUGGUGGACGGGGGCUGGGGGGAAGACUUCGAGUCCUGCGAGCAGCGGCGUUACGUGCAGAGUGCCACGUCGCAGAUCCACAACACGUGCUGGGCCCUGAUGGGGCUCAUGGCUGUCAGGCAUCCCUGCAUAGAGGCCCUGGAGAGAGGAGUCAGGUGUCUGCUUCGGAAACAGCUUCCCAAUGGCGACUGGCCCCAGGAAAACAUUGCUGGCGUCUUCAACAAGUCCUGUGCCAUCAGCUAUACAAGCUACAGGAACGUGUUCCCCAUCUGGGCCCUUGGCCGCUUCUCCCACCUGUACCCUGAGAGUGCCCUUGCCGGCCACCCUUGAAGGCGCCUGGCAGUUGGGUGGGUGGUGGGCAUGGGUGUCGGUGGGGCUACUGAGCAGGGUGGGACCAGGCCUGGGGCAGGGCGGGGCUGGUGGGCUUUAGACACUUGAUUUUCAGGAUAGGUUUAGUUCUUAGAAGAGCUUAUGGAGCUCAGGUGAGGAAAGGAGCAAGCUGAGCCAUGAUCCUGGAGGAGGUGUGGCGUGUUCUGCGGUACCUGGGCAUGGCGCUCGUCCUUGCUAUGGGGCUGGGGGGCGGGUGGACUUUCUUGAUCAAUAUCUGAGUUCUUGGGAUGGGGAACUGUGAGUCAUAGGCCUCCUGCUUGGUGCUGCCGAGGAGCCGGCUCGGCUAGGCUUGUCCCUGUGACCUCUGUGGGGCCAAAGGGUGUGACAGCUUUUCUGAACAGCCCAGCGGGAGGCUGGUCUCCCUGUUCACCCAGGCGCUCAGGGCUCAGGAAGGAACGGGGAGCAGACUUGCCAAGUGUCUGUGCCUGCUCAAAGGGGAGCCAGACGUGGCUGCCAGCCCUGCCCUACACCUCAGGCCCACCCAUGCUGCAUGGCGGUGCUGCCAGCUGUGGGCGCCAGCAUCCUUCUCUCCCGAGUUUGCAGCCUGUAGUGUCUGGUGCUGACAGAGGCAUGGGCGGGAGACCAAGCGUACAGAGGGGUGAGUGUUCGUGGGUGGUUUGGUGGUUACCACUGUGGGGCACUGCCGUGUGCCGGGGACCGCAGAGCAGUUGUGCUGGGCAGGCCUGAUGCCGGGGGACGCCCUCUUGGCUGCCAACUCUCAUGUCCUGGUUUGUGCUCAGAGCAGAAGUGAGGGCCGGAUUUCCAAGGUGAUGCCUCUUUGGUGCUAAACUUCCGAAUUCCUCUCUGGCUUUAAAUCUGUUUGGUUUGACGUGCAUGGAUUUGGGGCUCAGGGUGAAAAACCCGGGUUCUGGAUUUACCUUUGACCUUUGAGAACAAGUGGCUCACGUGCUUCGGGCCUCCCCAGGAGUGUGGCUGUGAGGAGUCACCAGGAGCUUUGAUGAGAAUAAGAGCCAGGCCUGGUGUUGCCCUUAGGGCCCCAGACUGCUUGCCCACCCCAGUGCCCUCUCUGCCUGCUGUUCCUCUGUACUGCCUCCUGGACUGGCAGCAGCCCCUGGCUGUGCUCCUGGCUGACUGUCCUCCAUCAGACAGCCAGAUGUCUGAGUGCUCCCCUGCUCCUGCCAUUCUCUGCCCUGGAGGUCCCUGGAGGACCCUCGCUGAGACUUUGCACCAUGUGACCUUGACUCUGCAGCUCUCAUGGCCUUGAGUGCUGUCCCUGACUCUGCCUGGAGCUCGCCUGCUUUGGGCCUUGGUCUAAACUGUUCUCCACUGACCGUCCUUUGCCCCAAGGUGGUGCUUCUGCUCUGAGCCCUGCGGGGCUGGGUUGUGUGUACACAUUGACGGCCUGCCGGCUCCACUGGCUGCCACGCCGUGUGGCACGUAGUGGGUGUUCAGUGGAUGCCUGUGGAGUGUCAGCACUUUUCCCAGACAGUUUAAAUGAGCGUCUCUUUUGGCUGAAGGAACUGUUGGGAUCGCUUUGAAAUCUAUCAGGUUUGCUCUUGCACUUAUUGUCUUGGCCCAUGUUCUCCCCCCACAGGGGCAGCAAUAACCCAGGUGGUGAUUUUCCAUGGUCUGCUCCUCAAAGUGGCCACUGCCCCUGGGAGGCUCCCAGCCAUGGCCACAUCACUGGACAGAACAUAAGAAACGAAAAUCUGCUUUUCUACUGAAAAUGUUGUCACUUCUGUGGCCAGGUACCUUAAUAAACAGACAUGUGAUUCCGUUCGGCCAAAGCGGGUCACACUUGUGUUUUGUGUCAUGUUAGGAACAGUCACAGAUCUGGGGUUUUCUGAGAGCGUCACUAGGGCACCAUGUCGGAUGCUGGGCCACGACCUCAUCAAUUUCAGGGGAUGAGAGUGACUGUUUCAAGAUGAGCAGAUGUGUCUCCAGUUAUUUGAGGGGAAGUUAUGUGCCCCAGCCUGAUUAAAAAUCAAGUUCUCAACGAACCAGAAGUAGACUCGUAAAUAUAGACCAAAGUGGUGGGUGCGGGGGGAAGCGGUGGGGGAUGAGGGAAGCAGAUGAAGGGGUUUAAGAACUUCCAGUUCCACGAUGUGUGAUUCAGCGAUGAAAAGUACAGCGCAGGAGGAUAGCCAGUGCUACUGCGGUCCCGUGGUGUGAUGACAGGUGGUGACCGCACUUUGCGUGGGGAGCCCUGAGCAACACACCCAGUUGUCGAGUCACUGCUGUAUGCCUUGUCAGCUGUACUUCAGAUAAAGCAAAAUCAAGUUCUUCCCUGGGCUAACCGUUCAAGAUAUCUGAAUUCAAAUUAUUUUUGGUUACUGGGCACAGAUUUUGAGAAUUAUGCCGGAAAGUUUUUGCUGGAGCCAUAUUAGAAUUUCUGUAUUCACUAUGAUGGAAACUUCAGAUCUUCCCUUCGAGGAAUUUUCUAACUAGAAAUCCUAAUUCACAAUGGAAAUUCAUCUCUGAGAAAGUACUUUUCCUUACGGGACAGAAUCAAUAUUACUACAUAUAUCUAUGUUUUACUUAAGCAAUAAAAUGUUUCAAUAAUUAA